AUGAGUUCUCAAAGUCCAAAAAGUGCAGUGAAUGAUACUUUUGUUUAUCCAGAAAUGUUUUACAUAACGGGUUUUCAUGACAUGCCUUUUGCUUACUGCUUUUAUAUUUUUUUAAUUAUUGUGUACAUUUUUACAGUGAUUUUUAACACGUCUCUUAUUGUUUUAAUAUAUAUUGAAGAAAGCCUUCAUAAUGCAAAAUAUUUUGCAGUUUUUCACUUAGCCAUAGCUGAUGUAUGUACGACAACAGCUGUCAUUCCUAAACUAACUGAAACAUUUAUUUUUAACUCUCAUUUUAUUUCAUAUAAAGCAUGUUUGGCUGAUAUGUUUUUUGUUCAUUUCUUCAGUUCAAUGCAAUCACUUUCUCUUGCAAUAUUAGCAUAUGACCGGUUUAUUGCUAUAUGUUUCCCUUUACGAUAUCAUAACAUUAAUACAAAUAGUAGGAUGGUAAUAAUCAUAUUGUCAGUUUGGCUCUUUUCUGCUGUUAUGACGUCUGCAACUGUACUUCUGAUUACAAAGCUCAGCUUCUGUCAGUCUACAGAGGUAAACAGUUACUUUUGUGAUCAUGGACCUGUGUACCGCUUGGCCUGCAAUGAUUUUUACCUCAAUUUAGUAAUUGGUUUUGCGGACAUAGCAUUGUUGCUUUUUGCACCCCUGGCAUUCAUUCUGAUAUCAUAUGUAGCCAUUGGAUUCACAUUGUUAAAAAUUACAACAGCAGAAGGAAGACAAAAAGCAUUAAAGACGUGUACAUCACACAUUAUCUUGGUGGCAAUAUUUUAUGUUCCACUAGCUUUUACAUAUGUUGCCUCACAAUUUGCAAAUUUUCAUACAAAUACAAGAAUUCUUAAUAACACACUGUCUGCAACACUCCCACCAAUGGUGAACCCUAUCAUUUAUACAAUAAAAACUGAAGAGGUGAUGAGUUCAAUAAAAAAACUUUACAAAAGAAGAAAAGUCAAACAUUAUUUUAAUAAUAAAAACAAGAUGUUCUGUAUGGGCACAGAGUGUAUUUAA